AUGGCUAACGACGAGUAUGAUACCUUUGUCCUUAUUGGAGACUCCGGUGUUGGAAAGUCCAACCUCUUGAGCCGAUUUACUCGCAAUGAGUUCAACCUGGACUCCAAAUCCACCAUCGGUGUUGAAUUUGCAACCCGCUCCAUCCAAGUCGAUUCGAAGACGAUCAAGGCGCAGAUUUGGGAUACUGCUGGUCAGGAACGUUACCGUGCCAUUACGUCCGCUUACUACCGUGGUGCCGUUGGUGCCUUGCUCGUCUACGAUAUCAGCAAGCACCAAACCUACGACAAUGUCAACCGGUGGUUGAAGGAGCUUCGCGACCAUGCCGACUCUAACAUCGUUAUCAUGCUGGUCGGUAACAAGAGCGAUUUGAGACACCUGCGCGCUGUGCCCACGGAAGAGGCCAAGCAAUUUGCCAGCGAGAACAACCUUUCCUUCAUUGAAACGUCCGCUCUCGACGCAAGCAACGUCGAGCUUGCUUUCCAGAACAUCCUCACAGAGAUCUACCGCAUUGUCUCCAGCAAGGCUCUGGAAGGCGGUGACGCGGGCCAGACCGUCCUGGGCGACCGUCGCGACAUGGUGAGGAUUGAGCAGUCGGAUACCUCCGAGACCAAGCAGGGAUGCUGUUAA